UCACACAGAGGUAGAUACGAAUUUGGAUGAGUAUAAGACGCUCGCGUAUUUAAAUAAAAAUAUAAAAGUAAAAAAAUGUUGCGUUUCGCUUUGCUGUGUCUUGGAUUUUUGGCGGUGGCUUUUAAUGAUGUAGAAGCCUUGAACCAAGUGGACAAAAUGAAGCUCUACGCGAUUAUACUGCCCACCGUUCAAGAGUGUAGCAGCAAGUAUGGAGUUUCCGAGGAGGACAUCAAGAAGUCCAAGGAGUCGAAAAAUAUAGACAAUUUGGACGAUUGCUUCAUCGCUUGCGUAUUCAAGAAAGCUGGAGUGAUUAACGAUGGUGGGCAGUUUGACGUUGAAAAGUCGAAGGAAUUAAUUUCGAAGUACCUCUCCGAUUCUGGUGACCAGGCUAAAGCACAGGAAAUAAUCGGAAGAUGUGUCUCUGUAAACGACCAACCUGUUGGCGACAAUGAGGGCUGCCAAAGGUCCAAGAUGUUAAUGGAGUGCUUCCUGCCAUUCAAAAAGGAGAGCGACGCUAUGGAUGCCUUUAAGCAGAAGUAUGCGGAAUUGGUAAUGAGUUGUAUGGAAGAAUAUCCUAUCGAUCAAAGUGACAUUGAACAACUGAAGAACCUACAAAUGCCUGACAAGGAGUCCGUCAAAUGCUUGUUCGCGUGUGCAUAUAAGAAGGCGGGUAUGAUGACUGAUGACGGAAAGCUAUCUGUGGAGGGUACAAACAAACUGGCUGAAACUUAUUUAGCCAACGACGAAGAACAACUAAAGAGGGCUAAGGCGUUUACUGACGCUUGCAAAUCUGUAAAUGACGAAGAAGUUAGCGAUGGUACUAAAGGUUGCGAGCGAGCUGCUUUGAUUUUUAAAUGCAGCAAUGACAAAGCUAAAGAGUACGGCUUCACGUUCUAGAUAGAGAGAGAGAAGAUUAUUCAUUCAUAUACCAGUUAAAAAGGAUUCCAACGAAAUUGAUGUCAUCAAUAUCCAAAAUGUAGAACAUCCCUCUUAAUUCAUAGAAACAAUAAUAUUUUU